CGAGCCAGUAGUGGUGAAUUCAUGACUCUGCUAGGUUUCGUGCCGCACAGGAAUUCCAAGUCGCUUUCCCCUUUUUAUGAACUUUCAGGAGCUCUACUAAUUAAGAAGAAUGAACAAAAUAUGAGUUGAAAAUAACACAAACAUGUUCGACGAGAAAUUUGUGACAUUUUUCAAUACGCCGGGGCUGCUCAGUUUGGUCGGGGUGCCAAUCGUGGUGGACAAGGCCGAUUUUCCUGCAAUCCAUAUUGCUGCUCAAAACCUCGCAGCGGACUUCGCCAAGGUCACAAAAGGAUCUUCAUCUCCACUUCAACAUGUGACCGAAGAGCGUGAUGGCUUCAAACUAGACGCCGAGGCGUGCAUCAUCGUCGGCAGCAUUAAAGCAAGCCCGAUAAUUCGAUAUCUUGAGCAGAGUGGAAAUUUUGAUUGCAGCAAAAUUCGAGGGAAGUGGGAAUCUUACAAGACUGCCAUCGUUGACAACCCUUUCAAUGGGUGUCAUAAGGCCCUCGUCAUUGCGGGAAGUGACAAGAGAGGCGCAACUUUUGGGGCGUAUGCACUCUCGGCGCAGAUUGGAGUUUCGCCGUGGUAUUGGUGGGCUGACGUCGUUCCGCAGUAUCACUCGGAAAUCUAUGCUCUACCCGUGACUACCAUUCAAGGAGAGCCUAGCGUUCGAUUCCGAGGCAUAUUCAUCAAUGACGAGGCCCCCGCACUUACAGGCUGGGUGCAGGAGAACUUUGGCAGGUACAAUGUCGAAUUCUAUAAGAAAGUGUUCGAAUUGUUGUUGCGAUUGAAAGCGAACUUUCUGUGGCCAGCCAUGUGGCCCGGAUACCCCAAUCCUGGUGCAUCGUUCUUCACUGAUGACGAAGAGAAUCAAAAGACAGCUGAGGAGUACGGCAUCUGCAUAUCUACUUCCCAUCACGAGCCCAUGCAACGCAUGUCCAACGAGUGGUUUGCCGAGAAUACAGAGGGAAGCUGGAACUGGCUUACCAACAAAAGAAACAUCACAAAAUUCUUCGAUGAGGGAGUACGAAGAGCGAAAGGCUGCGAAUCGUAUUUUACCCUCGGAAUGCGUGGGGAAUACGAUAAGAAAAUGGUCACUGAUGACCCCGCCGCUGUUGUCCGAGACGUUAUUCAGACUCAGAGGAAAAUUAUCAAGGACGUUCAUGGGUGUGAGGAUGCCGUGCCCCAGCUUCUUGCCCUGUACAAGGAAGUGCAGCAACAGUAUGACAGCGGCAGGCUUGAAGUCCCAGACGAUGUCACACUUCUAUUCGCGGACGACAAUUUUGGCACCAUCCGUCGACUUCCGCACGGAGAAGAAGCCGAGAGGAAAGGAGGAGCAGGAAUCUAUUACCACUUCGAAUAUGUAGGACAUCCACGAAGCUACAAAUGGACUAACAGCAACUCACUUGGCAAAACAUGGCAGCAGCUCCAGGAGGCGCACCGCCGCGGCGCAAGACAAAUUUGGAUUUUCAACGUUGGUGACAUCAAACCAUUGGAAAUCCCGUUGACUUUUGCCAUGGCACUAGCCUGGGACAUUGGCUCCAUUAAAGCAGAUAAUUUUACGCAUUUCUUUGCCACCAUGGCAGAACGCGAAUUUGGAGCAGAAUUGAGCACGGAGGUUGGUGUUGCAAUGCACGAACAUGAUCGACUUGUCUCGCUGCGAAAGCACGAACACAUCGAAACCGACACGUUUUCCUUGUUGCACUACAGCGAAGCAGAACAUGUUCUGGGACGGUGGAAAGCGCUCCUUGAUGCCGCAGAAGACAUACACAAGCGUGCACCUGAAACUCACCGUCCCAGUGUCUUCCAGCUCGUUUUGUCCCCUAUAAAAUCCUCGUACAUCUUCAUCGCGCUCCAAAUCGCCCUUGGUAGAAACCAACUCUACGCUCGGCAGCGUCGUAACUUUGCAAACACUUUAGCACAGCAAGUUCUCGACCUCUUCGAAGCCGAUUUCAGCCUUUCCGAGGAUUACCACGCCCUGCUGAAUGGGAAAUGGAAUCACAUCAUGAUGCAACCUCAUUAUGGCUUCGGCGAUACCUGGCAUGCGCCAUCACGAGAUAUGAUUAGCGGUCUUUGUUAUGUCCAGCGACGGCAAAAUUCGAAUCCCAUUGCGGGACAGAUGGGCAUCGCAGUUGAGGGUCACGAGGGAGUGCGACCAGGGCGAUGCAAUGAAGAGAGUGACAGGACACAUCCAAGCAGGCGAGACUUGGUUCCGGGGCUCACACUUGGGAACAUGACUCAUUAUGGGCCUGAGAGUAGGUGGUUUGAUGUGUAUACUCGGGGAAGUCCGAGCAUUCAUUGGACUGCCACUGCACCUUGCAGUUGGAUAAAGCUGUCUGCUGCCAGCGGAACACUGAUCCCUGGACAGGAGGACGCACGAGUAGAAAUCACUAUCGAGUGGGGCCAAGUACCGGCAGACUUCAAUGAGAAAGUUCUGAUCGACAUCCGCUCUACGGAAGGAGAUUUCGAGCAGGUCCAUCUCCCAAUUCUAGGCCGGCAAGUUCCUGAGACAUUCUCUGGAUUCGUAGAGGCUGAUGGAUACAUCUCCAUUCCCGCAUCCUCCUGCAAUUUUGCGCCUUCAUAUCGAUUUCUUCCCGAAGUUGGAAGAUCUUCAACUGGCUCUCUUGCACUGAACCCAUCCUCAGGUCACGCUUUAUGUCAUCUCACGUACGACACCUACUUCUUCACCAAAUCUCCCACCUUUGAGGUACUGCUGUAUUUCAACAUGACUCUCGACAUUGAUCCGAGCAACCCAAUGACGUACGAUAUCCUCGUUGAUGACAAGUUGCAAACACACAGACUAGUCCACGAGUCAAAGAAGGACGGAGAACUGCCCGAGGGCUGGGCUGAGGCCGUGCAGGAUUGUGUUUGGGUAAAGAAGCAUAUGUUUUUAGGAGAUAAGUUUGAACCGGGCACGCAUACAAUUCAGGUGAAGUUGAAACACUCAAAUUUGUUACUUGAGAAACUGGUCGUGGAUCUUGGUGGGGUAAAGGAGAGUUAUCUGGGUCCUCCACCAAGUUUUCGCGCGCGUAUGAUGUAACAAUUGAUACCUUGCGGGAAAGACUGCAGGAGUAUAUUCAAUACAGUCUCUAUUGAC